AAAGUCGCGUACCGAGGUGUCACCACACGCAACGAGCGCCUCGGUCGUCGAGUCAGGUCACAUGCACGUGACCAUAGUUCCAUGCCUCAGGCGAUAUCUUCCCAUCGCGGGACCGCCCGUGUGCUAUUGAGUCUAAACCACAGCAUUUGUAGGGUGAUGAUAACUUCGAAAUACAAUCAACUGGCCAAGGGAGUGGUGGAGGUGUAGUAGGAUGUAAGAUGGCGCUAGAAUGUAUGCAGGCAAGUCUCGACCGGUGCCUUCGGAGGCGGCACUCAAGGUCCUCUACCAGCUCGCCUAUGUCUCUUCAGGUACCGCUGUCGGCGUGGCAGCAUUAUGUGCAGAGGAGCGACGUCGGAAGACCCAGAUCGUGCAAAAGAUAGCAGACAAUGCCAGACGACUUCGUCAACAUCCGCGCCACCAUCAGAACGCUACAAUGGUUGCGAGAAGCGUGGAGACCGGUUUGGCGGACAGUGGCGCAACCGACUGGCUUCCUACACUACUCGCUGAAGAUACCAAAGUAAAGGAUCGAGUACGCCGCGCUUGGCCGAGUCCGAGUCACGGAAACAUCGCGAUUCGGGGGCCGACUUUACCGUCAGUGGUGGAGCACAGUUAUCAACGUACCCAGGGCAGCCACCAUCCGGAGCAGCAUCCGGGCAGUCGUAAGACUGAGCGGCACAGUAUGCCGUCGCAGGAGGCUUCUCAGCCAGCGUUGCACGUGUCUUCGAGAAGCACUGGCGUAAAACCUCCAAGCUACCCGCGGGAUACCGCCUUCGCUCCACAUUUACCAAGCAAAGAGGCGAAUGCAGGUACGAGAUCAAGCCAUAAGUACUAUGACAGCCUCAGACGCACUCGGGAGGCCAUCACCGGGCGGAAGAAAGGAUAUGAUGAUGGUCAUGUUGGAUUCCUACAAACUCCUUUCAAUGGUACGCAAGCAAGCACGGAAAACCCUGGAGAACCUAUGAAUGCACGAAGCCAAACUAUCGUGCAAUACAUCCCUUCGGAUGUGAAGGAUUCGUGCUCGAGCACGGCACAGAACAAAGCAGUAGUAUCCCCAAUAAAACCGUCCGGACUCGACGAUUGCCAGAAGCUGUUGGCCCGUGCGGAUGUCAAGCGAGCUAUCAACCUCUUGACCUCUUCAACUGGCGCUUGCGGAGACAGUACGGAAGUGGCGCUCUUAAUAACCCAAUGCUUAGAUGCCGCGCUGCAGCUGAAGCUGCUACCAGAGUGUACUUUGUUAUUGCGCUUGGCAAGGCACAAAGUACAUGCGCGGGAUUAUCGCAGUCGCCUUAGCUACUUUCUGCAGCUUUGCGACUCCGCCUCGUCUUAUGGUUUCGUCCGAGAACUAAUCACACGAGAUCUGGACGUUGAGCAGCUUGGUACAGCAUGCAUAGAAAUUGUCGCAUACGCUUGCACCAAGGCAGAUCCGGCAGAUAGCAAGUGUCGCGCAAUGGCACUUCGAGCUCUACGGCGAGUUCCCGUCAAUAUGCGAGGCCGCAUCAUGCAUAGCGGUCAACCAAUCGUUCUCCUAGCACUUUGGGAAGCCACACACGACGUAGAUGCUGUCCGUAAGGCAUUGAGCGACAUGCAGCGAUCACGAUCAAUUCGUCGUCAAGAGGGUGUGUCGCGGCACCUUGUCCACACCGCACUGAGCAUUUACAUCAGCGCAAGUGCAUUCGAUUCCGCGUUUGAAAUACUCAAGGCUAUGGGUGAAAAUCUGGCGAAGAAAGAUCGCUUGGCCAUCCUCAGUGUUGCCCUCCUGUUCGCCAAACGCCGCGACUGGGAUCGUCUCAAGCAGCUACUGAGCGUUACGCAGAGUUCCAAAGACUGGACAACCGACAAUGAAGCAUGCCGCCGCUUCAAUAACGUUGUGCACCUCUUCGCACGCCAGCAUACAUCAGUGGAGGCCUGGAAAUUUGUAACGGAUGCCGUGGAAAGACUCGGCCUCGUACCCAACCAAGCCACCACGGGAAUCAUGCUAGAAUCCUUCGUUUCGAAGAAAGCGACCAAUCUCAUACCGAAGUGGCUUCGUUACAUGCGUGUUCUAGGCUGGGAAGUCGAGCUGACCGCGCGAGUAGCUGCGAGGCUGUUGACUCGCUUUUACCUUGAUUUUCGACCAUCGCACAUACUGGUGAUGUGGUUUUGUCGCAACCUAGCACACUUUGCUCCUUCACUUUCUGGCCCAGAAUUGUUCGAUCUUGUCCAAGAAGCAGUUGGGUACGACCUGAGAAAGCUGGUGGGCAGUAAGGCGACCUGGCGGCGAUCCAAUGCGAAGACUAGACUUGGCCAUGUGCUGCAGUCGGACAAGCCUGUCGUACCUUCACCAGGGUGGACGUGGAAUCAGAGGAUGUAUACCGAGCAUCCUAGCCACAUGCAGCAUCUGGUAGGAUGUCAAACAAGCUCCUCACCUUUGUCGAUGAUGCACUCCAAGCAUGCUAGCAAGGAAACGGCAGGCAGCCAAACAAUCUACGCAUCUCCACCUUCGGUGCAGCACGGGGAGACGCCCUGCAACGUCCGCGUGUCGCCACCACAAGGUAGGACCGCGAAUUUAGAGAGGUCUGCCCAAGACUUUGAUAUGCUCGAAGGUGACAACCAUGCGGAAAGUCUGGCGUUUGAGGAUCUGAGGCCGAUCUACAAGCACGCAACCGAUGAUCAGCGGCCGCAAGACGAUGAUGACCACGAUGAACAUACGGAUCUUACAGCUGCGCGCAUACUCGAACUUGGGAAAGACCGCCGCGGCAAGACGGAGAAGGCCAUGAUCAUGGCGUUGUCUUUACGCCAGCAUGACCGUGUCGUCGAAAUCUACCGGAACACACUAGACGCCGUCGGCCUUCCGCUGUCGCCGCUCACGCUGGAGAUCGCAGUCGAGUCAAGUCUACGACAUUGCCGCAGCGAUGCAAUUGAAGCAAGGAUCAUCGUGCGUGAUGCUGAGGCUGCUGGCAUGAACGUUACCUGCGCCAUCGGACCACUGCUACUCCAUCGUAUGCGUCGCGAGCGUUUCUUCUCGGUAGACGCUUCCCGGGGACUACGCAAAGAUGUGGUCGCCUAUUAUCGCAUGAACGAACAAGAGGGACGACCAGUUAAUCAUUAUAUCGGUGUCUCCGCCGCUCACGUCCUUCUCAGGAACAAGCACCCACGCCAAGCGCUUGAACUGUUGACUGCCAUCUAUUAUUCGGAAGCCGCUGGAGAAAAACCUCUGGAUAUCGUCGCAAUGACAGUUUUUCUCGAUGUAUAUAAUGCUUUAGCCCAUCUAAGUGGCAUCUUCUGGACCGUGAAGACUGUGCUAAUGCGAAACAUGCGCAUCGACGAAGCGUUCGUCAAAGGGCUCCGUGCCGUGGCCAGACGGGUGCGACUAAAUCGCAUUGCACCUGGCGAGGUGGAUGGCAGGUCAUCGAGUGCUUCGCCAGUUAUUUCCCGAUGGAUAAGGCUCUGCCGUGAACGACGGACACAGCAGCUGCACGAAGCCAAAGUGUUCGGGAACAAGCUGGUCAAAUGCCUCGCGAAGUGCGCGAACGAGAAACCAGCGCUCGGCGCGGAGGCGCGAGCGGAAACUGAAGAGGAAAUGGUCGGCCCACGCCUGCCGAGUAUAACACCUUACGGUGCAAGCGCUGUGGCAAGACCGGUAAGCGCUGAUACCAUUAACCGACAACUGGCACAUAGUGAACGACUGAUAGCCUCGGCCAUGAGGCUACGUAAGCGACGGACACCUCCCACACGGAUCGUCACUGCGGCGCAGCGAAAAAUGCAACGUCAGUGGCUUGUACGUUAUCGAGCGUUUUUGCGACAUGAUCUGAAGCUGUCCGGCGGUAACACUGCUGUCCAUAGAUACUGCUUGGCGGAUGAUCCGGAGACCUCACUCGCAACCAAGCAGAGACGAAGGACUAGGCGACAUCAGCAGGUUAGUCGCGCUGAGGCGGUCGCCCUUCUUGACGGUGACCAUAAGAUGCAGAGCGCUGCUGUAGGAUAAUAAGCAUAGAAGAUACACGCAUUAGAAGCAUCCUUAUGAUAAGCCGUAGAGACCACGGUGGUGUCACCACCUCGCCCACUCGCGCACUCUGUUUAGUCCGCACAGUCAGCACACCUCGGCAGCUCUCGUGCUCGGUUCCAUCUCCAGUCCCAGGUCCCAGGAAGACACCUUCGCUUGUUCAAGCCACGCAUGUAAGCACGAUCUCUGCAUUAUUACGUUACGCCUGCGUAAGUCCAUCACCAGGUCACCGCAUGCUUGUGGUCUUUGUCACGAGCCCUAGAGGGAGUCUUGAUAGCCAAUGACGCGCUAUCUGACCUUCCGCUUGCGGUCAAAGCAGCUUCCACCGUGGAAGGUCAUACGUGCGCUCGCCCCGUUC